AAUACAAGCAUUUUUCGUUGCAGAAUGCAAGUUCAUGGUGGUAAUGUACGUCUCGGUUUCAUCGUACGUCUUAAUAUGGGCGCUCUAGAGUAUUCCUUACCGGGCGUCGAAAAUCCACAGCAGGAGUCACUUGCGUUCCGAAGUAUAUCGGCUGCUACCUUGGCUUGGGAAAUUCGUCGUCUUGGUCAAGAAGGUUUCAAUCGUCGUUACAUGCUAGUGGAUUGCAGAUAUCCCUAUGAAUACGAUGGUGGACACGUUAUGUAUGCUGUGAACAUUCAUGACCAUAGCGAUCUAGAAAGUAUAUUCUUUCCUGAGGAUCCACAUCAUCCUAUACGUUCAAGAAUUCCGAUUUUCUAUUGCGAGUUCAGUCAGAAGCGAGGUCCAAUGACCUUAAUUGGUAGUUAUUCCAGGGCGCUAGCCCUACGGAGCUUAGACCGCAAACGUAACGAGCUCGAUUACCCAAAAGUUGACUAUGCAGAGAUGUACUUGCUGGAUCAGGGUUAUCGAAAGUUCUGGAACGACGGAAGUUACAAGGUCACUCUUUUGCUUCGUAGCCCUUCGUAG